GCCUUGGAGAGGCAGGUGCAUGAAGAACGCGCUGUUAUCUUGGAGCUCUUGUCCGGGCGGCCACGACGCCCCACUGUGCCAGAGCCCGGAGUGCGGCCGCGCGCGAUGCAGAUGCCAAACGCGCUGCAGGCCUUCCUGGAGGCCGCAGGCCCCGAGGAAGCGAGGCUGAUCGCCCAGCGCCCUGCACUUCUCUCUGCUUUUGCGGAGUCGCAGGAGCUCACCGAUGGAGCCAUUGAGGGAUUCAACAGCGAGGAGCGAAUCCAGAUCUUGAGCUUGUUCACAGCCUGGGCGACCGUGAGCACAUCAGCGCUGCAUGUGAGCGACCUCCAGCUCACAGAUGAGGAGGUGGAGGAGAUGGUAAACACCCUCGAGAGCUGCGAGGAGGUGAAGGAGUGGGAGAUGACGCGGUGCCGAAGCAGUAACAUCGCGAUGCGCCAGCUGCUGAAUCAUCUCUCCAGCCAUGCCCUGUGCAGGCUGGGGCUUUCCUACAAUGCCAUUGGCCUCCAGGGCGCGAGGCUUCUCGGUGAGGCAGCGAGGAUUGGUGGCUGGAAGCAUUCCCUGGGCUGCCUGGGCCUCGAGAUGAACGGACUGGGAGAUGCCGGUUGCAAGCAGGUCGCGAGCUUGGUGAAGCAGUACUUGCCGGCACUCUCGGUGCUGGAGCUCGGCUGGAACGAGGUCACGGGCGCCAGCGCGGCAGAGCUUGCUCAGCUCGUGCGUGCGCCGGACGGUGACAAGGAUGCAGGCCUUCCGGUGCUGCUCCGGCGCCUGGGCCUUGCCGGGAACAGCCUGGCCUCGGCAGCUUCGAAGCUGGUCCUCGCAGCCCUGUCAGACCCAUCACGUGAGUUGGAGCUCGACCUGUCCAUGAACCACGUCGAUGCCCAAGCGCUGCGGGACGCGGCCGAGUGGGCGCGUGCAAGGAACAGCGGCGAGGUUCAAGUCCAUCUCACUGUCAGCCUGGAGUGGAACACCAUCGACGACCCAGAGGCUGUCCGGGAUCUGGCCAAUGCUUUAAGCGGCGCCGAGCUGAUGGUGGCAGAGGCCGGGCAGCCACUGAUCCAGCUGGCCAACAAUGAGCUUCUCGACCUCCAGGCUUCGGAAAUACUCGAUGCCUCGGUGAACCUCAUCAUGCUGUGA